CACCUUGAAAUGUCACGGAUCACCUUUAGCCAGCUCGGCUACUAAAAAAAGGAACCGCCGUUUGUGUUCACGUCUUGCAGUCGCAUUUUUCUCACAACAGACCACAUCGGCGAUCCGCGACGGGGAACUCAUAAAUCGGUUCACCUUUCAGACCUAGCGUGCGGUAAAUUUCGCGGAUUAACGGUGAGUGUUAAGCAGUGGAAAGUGACGCCUCUGCCGUGCGUUGGGACUCCGUCUUCAGUAGGAAAAGAGUGUUUCUGUGUUGGAGUGUGCGUUAGUUGUUGCAUCAGCAAGGAAUCUUCGUCAGUGCAGAAGGAUGUCGAGCGCACCGGUACAACGGUUUAUUCAAUUCGGAGCUCACAAGGGCAAGGGUAUCGCUGUAUUUACCAGCGGUGGCGACUCCCAGGGCAUGAAUGCGGCCGUUCGCGCCGUGGUUCGCAUGGGAAUCUAUGUUGGAUGCAAGGUAUACUUCAUCCGCGAAGGCUACCAGGGCAUGGUGGACGGUGGAGACAAUAUCGUCGAGGCAAACUGGUCAUCGGUGUCGAGCAUUAUUCACCGCGGAGGAACCGUAAUCGGUUCGGCCCGUUGUAAAGAUUUCCGCGAACGUGCCGGUCGUCUGCAGGCCGCCUACAAUCUUGUUUCUCGCGGCAUCACUAACCUGGUUGUAAUCGGUGGCGAUGGCUCCCUCACCGGUGCCAAUCUGUUCCGCCAGGAGUGGGGCAGUUUGCUGGAUGAACUGCUUGCCAGCAAUCGAAUCACGCAGGACCAGCGCAUCAAGUACAAGAGUCUGCACAUUGCUGGUAUGGUUGGUUCGAUCGACAACGAUUUCUGCGGUACCGACAUGACCAUUGGUACGGAUUCAGCGUUACAUCGCAUUAUCGAAGCGAUCGAUGCGAUCGUCAGCACGGCAUACUCCCAUCAGCGUACCUUUAUCAUGGAGGUUAUGGGGCGUCACUGUGGUUAUCUAGCCAUAAUGGCUGCUUUAGCUAGCGAGGCGGACUAUGUGUUCAUACCGGAAGAUCCCGUAGUGCAUAAUUGGCCAGAAAAGUUGUGUAAGAAGAUUCUGCAGGAGCGUUCUGCUGGGCAACGUUUGAACAUCAUCAUUGUAUCGGAAGGCGCGAUCGAUCGGGACGGCAACCCGAUUACAGCGGAAAAGGUGAAGCAGGUGGUCGUUGAUCGACUGCAGCAGGACACACGCAUCACCGUGCUUGGUCAUGUACAGCGUGGUGGCAAUCCGAGUGCAUUCGAUCGUGUCCUGGGCUGCCGGAUGGGCGCCGAGGCCGUACUGGCACUGAUGGAAGCGGACGACAAGACAGAACCGUGCGUUGUAUCGCUGGAUGGCAAUCAAGCUGUGCGUGUCCCACUGAUGGAAUGCGUCGAGCGAACUAAGGCCGUUGCGAAAGCGAUGGAAGAUAAGAACUGGGAAUUGGCAGUACAACUGCGUGGACGCUCGUUCGCACGCAACCUCGAGACGUACAAGAUGCUGACGCGUUUGAAGCCACCGAAGAGUGCAUUCGACGAGCAAGGACGUGGCGUUGGUGGGUACACGAUGGCGGUAAUGCACAUCGGCGCUCCUGCCUGUGGCAUGAACGCAGCGGUACGUUCGUUUGUGCGCAACUGCAUCUACCGCGGUGAUACGGUGAUGGGCAUCCACGACGGCAUUGAGGGACUGGUGGCGGGGCACAUCAAGAAGAUGGAAUGGUCCGAUGUAACUGGAUGGGUUGGCCAGGGUGGGGCUUUUCUAGGCACGAAGCGCACGCUGCCUGAGGGCCAAUUUAAGGAGAUUGCUGCACGGCUCAAGGAGUUUGGCAUCCAGGCGCUGCUGAUCGUCGGUGGUUUCGAAGCGUACCACGCGGCAGGUCAAAUUACGGAUCAGCGCGGCAAGUUCAAGGAGUUCUGCAUCCCGAUUGUCGUCAUUCCGUCCACCAUCUCAAACAAUAUGCCCGGUACCGAGUUUUCGCUUGGCGCCGAUACCGGUCUGAACGAGAUCACGGAGAUCUGCGAUCGUAUACGCCAGUCCGCCCAAGGUACUAAGCGACGCGUGUUUGUCAUCGAGACGAUGGGUGGAUACUGCGGAUAUCUGGCCACAUUGGCGGGAUUGGCCGGAGGUGCCGAUGCGGCCUACAUUUACGAGGAGAAGUUCACGAUCAAGGACUUGCAGCAGGACGUGUACCAUAUGGCGUCGAAGAUGAGCGACGGUGUUCAGCGCGGACUCAUCCUACGCAAUGAGAAAGCGUCCGAAAACUACAACACUGAGUUCAUCUAUCGGCUGUAUUCAGAAGAAGGCAAGGGUUUGUUCUCCACGCGUAUGAAUGUCCUCGGCCACAUGCAGCAGGGUGGAUCGCCGACUCCCUUCGAUCGUAAUAUGGGCACCAAGAUGGCGGCCAAAUGCGUUGAGUGGUUGGUGGAGCAGUUGAAGGCUAAUACUCAGCCGGAUGGAUCGAUCAAAGCUACCGCCCCUGAGACUGCCUGUCUUUUGGGACUCGUGCGUCGGCAAUACAAAUUUACCCCGCUCAAGGAACUUAUCGGGGAGACCAACUUUUUGCAGCGCAUCCCAAAGCACCAGUGGUGGCUGAAACUGCGUCCGCUUUUGAGAAUCUUGGCCAAACACGACUCUACCUACGAAGAAGAAGGCAUGUACAUCACGGUUGAAGAAGAAAUGUCAACCGAUUCACCGUGCGCCUAAGCGAAAAAAAAAACAGAAAGCCCACAGAAUCCCAAAGAAGAAGGACAUCAUUACCUCCAACAUCCUUUCGACAAAAUGGAAAUUUGUUUUAAGGGAGGACGGCAGUAGCGUCGGCCAGGGUUAUUUGCAAACCGACGAAUAAUUGAACAUGAUUUCGCUGUGCUUUUAAAAGCUUUAAAAUAGUUACAGUAAUCAAUUUUAUCGUUUCUAUCUCGUAGCAAAUGAACGAAUUGGUCUAGGUCAGGAUUAUGUUACGCCGGUCAUGUUCGUAUUUUUUUAAGUAGUAUUUAUCGUUUAUUGCUUCAUUAUUCUGUUGGUCUUGUUUCUGUGCUAGUGAAAGUAUUAAAGUAAAGAUGAUUUUCAAUAUUGCAGUAUGCCAGAUCAUAAACCUCCCCUCAAUAAAGCCAACAAAGAUAUUUGUUCAUACCAAAAUAUUUAAUAAAGCACACCAACGGCCAGUGAAAUGAGAAUAUCCAGUAAACCGCACCUUUAAUGAGGAUACCAAGUCAGAGUAAGUUUCCCGUGCUGCUUUCUCACGCGGAAAGGUUUCGAGACAUAGGCAGAUAGCAGUAGAUACACUUGUGGCCAUGAUUCUGCUUAGGGGCAAAAGCCCAAAAAUAUCCUCACUCUGUCCUCUUAAGAAUACGCAGUGAAAGACAGAAAACCGAAUGUUAAUGUACUGCGCGUCAUUGAGAUAUAAUAAAAGAAUUGAUUGUUGUGAGAUAAGA